UUCAUCAUUUAAGUGUUAAUCAGUCCCUUUGAUUGUAUUACUGUUUGCUUAACUUUGUAAUAAGGACGAAACAAUUAAAAAACCAAUGAAAUGAUUAGUUCACAAUUUACAGUCUGAUAGGUAUUACAGAAAAGGCUUGAGAAUUAUAAAAAUCGAUUGAUUCAUAGAUAUUGAAGCUUAAACCACAUAGUCUAUGAUCGAUCUUUAAAUCAGAAUCAAUCAAGAUCUCUCACUUUAUUAAACCACAUUUUCAUUCGGUGUUCAUUGUUCUGCAGGGUGUGGGUAGGGAAAGCGCCUCCUUUUGAUGGUCAGAAGACUUUAAAUUUGUUUACAUUUCGCAAUUUAAUUCUGCGCAUAUUAACCAAGCCCCUUUUCCCUUUAUUUUUACAACCAGUACAUUCGUUAGUUAAAAGGUUGUGUUUAAUUGUAAAGUACUCUAAACUUAUUCUAACCUGGUGAUAAAUUAUAAAAAAAAGUUGUAAUUUUCAAAGUAUUAAUUGUGCUUUCGUUAGUCUAAAUCAUCAUGGAUAAAGAAGACGAAAAUUGUGAUGCAAAAUUGCAAAUCGUGAAUAGAACAAGAAAAUAUAAUGUUUCCAAAAAGUUCAUUUGUUCAUCUGUGCCUUACUUUGAGAAAAUGUUUUCUUGUGAUUUGUUGGAAUCAAAGGAAAACAAAGCUGAAAUGGAUUUCGACGAACAUGCAUUUGAUGCUAUUCUCAACUGGAUUCAUUCUGAGUUUUUCUUCACCCAAAUGGAUUAUGUGAUUAGUUUUUACGAGGCAGCUGAUUACCUGAUGAUAAAUGAUAAUUUAUUAAAACCAUGUCUGUCUUAUUUCCAUGAAAACUUCACUCUUGAACAUCUCCCAAUUGUUCUACCACAAGUCACCAAAGUGUCUAAGCUGAUCAAUUUAGGAUCAAUUGAAAACUUCAUUUGUCGUCAUUUCUUAAUGAUCAACAAUACAAAUAUUUUCCUGAAUUACCCAGUUGAGGUAAUUGAAUCUAUUCUCAAAUUAGAUCUAAUGGUUUACUCUGAAUAUCAAAUUUAUGAAUCAAUCAUGAAAUGGGUGAAUAAGAAGGUUGAUUCUCGAAAAGCUUUACUUCCUCAACUAUUAAAAUCUGUCCGUUGGUCUUAUAUGGAUUUUGGUGAUAUUAUCAAGAUAAAGGAUAAUGAAUUAAUCAAGACUCUACCGAAUUUAGAUUUUAUUGAAUACUAUGUUUGCUUCAAUCGAUGCAAACAAAACUUCUUUAUAUCUAUCCAUCAAAUAGAUACAUCAACACUAAGAAUAAAUGCGUUUGAUAAUGAUUUUUUCUGUUUCAUGAUUGGUGAUUUCAUUCAAGAUGAUUCAAUGUCACUUGAAUUUGUUCAUGGAGAACACAAUUCAGAUAUUUUAUUUGAUUCUGGGACAAAAGGUAUUCGAAUUGAUUGGAUUAAAAAGACUUUUCGAUGGCUCGACUUCAAAGUUAAGGGUAAAACUUAUUACAGUAAAUUCAUUAAAUUCAUUGUAAAGUUUUCCCCAAGUCUCAGAGUAAGUGACGAUUGUUAUUUUGAAGACAAAGAUGCAAAACUUCCUGAUUCGAUUUCCAGUGAAGAAAAACUGCUGCUUGAAUCCAAUGGUAAAUUCAUUGUGAUUGGUAAAACUACAGACGAAAAGAAAUUGUUUGGUCUUUUCCCGGCUAAAUGUCCAAGUUGGUUCAACAAUUAUAGAGAUCAUGAACGCUCUUUUAAAGCCACUGUUUUGAACGAUGUUGUUUAUAUAUUGACAAAGGAUCUUGAAUUUAUUCAAUUCAAUUAUGAAACUAAAUGCUUCGAUAAGAGUGAACCAUUCAAAGAGGAAAAAUGGGAUUUCAAUGAUUCAAUCUUAACUUCACAUCAAACAAACGACGAUAAAGUUAUUUUGGUAAACAAAUCAAGUGGAAAAGUGUAUGUUUUUUGCAUUAAGCAGAAGAAAUGGAUUGAGAAAUAUCGUAUUAUGACUGUGAAAUUUUUUUCCGACAGUUCCUGUGCCCACGUUAAUAAGUUAGUUGCCUUUACUUCAACAUUUUUACCGAUGAAAGUUAUCGAACCUUUGUAUGAUCAAAGUGAUAAUUAAUUUUAUGACUACCAAUGUACCUUUAGCUCCUCUUCAAGCCCUAAAAUUUAGGUUAUCAUUAGUGAGCUUUAUCAUUCUUCAUAAUGCUGAUGUAUUUUUAAUAAUUUAGUGAAUGAAAAUUAUAUUUACUACACAUUCCAGUCGCAUCUUCACCCAUUCAAUUAAACUCUUUUACGCAAACAAAUCGCAUCUGUAAUACAAAUGAACCUAACGAAACUGUAAGAAUUUACAAUGUAUAACUGUUUCUCGAUCAUUGCCAUCCAGUUGAUAGCAAAAAUUAUUUACUUUGUCUAUUUAUAUUCCACUUUUCUGAUUUUCAAGUAAAUGUCUUUGUUGUAAUGUACCACAAUUAAAACC